CAUUGUGAUAUAAAGGCAGAAAACGUAAUGAUAACCAGCUGGAACUGGUUGCUCCUCACUGAUUUUGCCAGCUUUAAACCCACAUACCUUCCAGAGACAUUCAGAUGGAUUCAAAUAAUGACUGGAUUCCACCAUGUUUUCAAACUACUUGUGUAACCGAGUUCCAUAUAUUGGGAUGGGUCAACAAUGAUGCGGACUUAAACACAGUUUUGGAGGCACACAAACGGUCUUCACUUUGUUCCUUUGUUACCUGGUCAGAUGAUAAGAAGAAGAAGGAGAAGAAGAAAAGAAGAAUAGUCUGGCAGCAUGAAGAUGUAAACACAGGAGACAGUAUUUGUCCAUUUACCGUUGACAGAAGUGUUGUUCUCACAUGCCAAUUUGGAAAAGGAAGAAAAGCAAAUGCAGCUCUUCCCACAGAAGAUUCUCAGAAUUCAGACCACGUCUAUGAAAAGAAAAAAAGAUUCUUAAUACAGAACUCAAGAAAAGUUGGCUGUGAUGCAAAGCUACAUAUCAGAUACAUAACCAGUUAUGAUAAUUACAAUCUGCCAACAUCAGCUGGAAGAGGUGCCAAGGAGCGUGAAAUGGACAGACUCGAAAAUGAUAUCCAAAAAAAGAAUGCCCCUUUCAGCAAUAAAAUUCACCUGAGAUUACCACUGGCUGCAUCUCACACAAAGCAUACAGUUAGUAUUGAAAGUGCGUUUGCAAACCGUAUGCAUAUCAAAUUAAAAGAAAGAAUCAGAGAGCAUGUGAAGAUGGGAAUAACAUCAGUAGCAUACAUAAGAAAGAUGCUGAAAAGUUUUGUAGAAAAAGAGAUGAAUUCUGAAGAUUGUGUGUCACCAUCUACAAAUGACAGAAGCUACUUUCCAACCAAUAGGGACAUAAGGAAUUGUGUCCAUGCAGCGCUUGUCAAAGGUCAGUACUCUGGAUUAGAUCAAGAAAAUCUUCAAAAGAAAAUUGAGGAAUGGCAAAAGGAAGACCCAGAGGAUAUGUUUUUUUAUAGGCACUGUACUCGUGACCAAGUGAGUGCAUCAAGUAUCAAGAAAACAGAGAAAAUCUUUGCCUCAGAUGAUGAAGAGGAUGAUGACCUUGAAGAUGAGGAAGUUUCAGGCACUGAGAAAAAUACAUUUUUAUUCGUUCAUCAAAGUAAGCAUCAGCAAGAACUUUUGAAGAAGUAUGGUGAAUUGGUUUUGAUAGAUGCAACGUAUAAAACUACAAAAUAUGCUCUGCCUUUAUUCCUUCUUGUUGUGCGCACCAAUGUCUCCUAUGUACCUGUAGCAGAAUUCAUAGUAGAGACAGAAAGAACAGAAAAUAUCUUGGAAGCUCUUCAAGUAAUCAAAUCUUGGAACAAGUUCUGGGAACCAAGAUUUUUCAUGAUGGAUUAUUCUCACCAGGAAUAUCAAGCCAUACAUGAGCUAUUCCCAAACGCAUCUAAAUACCUCUGCACCUUUCAUGUGGAGCAGGCAUGGAUCCGAUGGUGUAAACAGAGAGAGAACAAUCUUAGUGAAUCUGAUAAAGAUACACUGUUAGAUGCGUUGCGAGAUAUGGCCAGAGCUCCAUCAGUACCUCUGUUCCAGAAAGCUAGGGAUAGUCUUAUUAACCUCUCAGUUUUUACUGAAAAUGAGAAGGUUAAGACGUACCUGGAAACAAGAUGGUUAAACAUCCCAGAGAGAUGGUGCAGGGCUUUUUGGAGUGAGGGUUUUCAUAUUUGUGUGACGACGAACAAUGGUGUUGAGGCACUAAACAACUCUUUAAAGAACUUCUACGCAAAACUAACCUCAACUGGAACUCUUACCUCCUUAAUUGAGAUUAUAGUGAAGGACUUCAUUCCAGAUCUGAUAAGAACGUAUCUCCAUCUAAAUUAUCAGUACACCAGUCAAUACAAAAAGUACAAUGAUUGCAUCCCUGCUUUCUUACAAAAUAAACCACGCAGUGUUGUGAAACACUGCUUGGUACGAUACGCAUCAGCCGGAGAGUAUUGUUCAGGUGACCUAGAAAACAUAGGCCAAAACAUGUACAAAGUAAAGAGCCAGUCAAGAGAUACUGAACACUACAAUGUCCACCUUGGUACUGAUGAAACUGCAACCAAGUGUUCAUGUCAAGACUUUAUAACAUCAUUUUUGCCUUGUAAACAUAUAUUUGCUGUUAUCCGUUUCACUCAUCACACCUGGGAAAGUCUGUCACCAUUAUAUCGACAAAGCCCAUAUUUAAAUCUUGAUAGCACUGUUCUCUCUGACAAGGCUAUGGAACAAAUUGAAAACAAAUCAGAGAUUCAGCUGCCUGCAGACUUUGUCUUAGAAGUGCCAACAAAAGAAGAAUUGUCGGAACUGUCUGAAAACAACCAGCAGAAACAAAUUAUCAAAUCAAGAUCAGAACUUAGAAACAACAUUAAAGUUCUGGACGACCUUACAUUUCUCAGCAGCAGUGAAAACGAUUUAUCAGAGGUGAACACCAUGGUACUAAAAUGCAUUGAAUGUUUGCAGGGGUCAGUUGAUGUCAAUGACAAAUUACCCUUACACAGAGGAUCAACCGUUCAAAUGAAAACCCACCGACAGUUACCACAGAAGAGGAAACAAAAGAAAAAAAAAAUAAGGAAGCCAUUUUUAAAAGUGAAAGAUCCAAACGUGUAUGGAGUCAUUGAAAAAGAAGAUCAUCAUAGUCUUAGUGAAGUAAUACAGGACAGGUAAUGUAAAAAAUGGUAACAGGUAAUUAUAGUUUAAUCAAAUUUAAAGCUAGUAUCCAGAGUAAUUGUUGUGGUGGAUUCACGAGUGCUUUCAAUAGAAAUGUCAGCUUACGUACAUUGUCAUUAAACUGCUCCUUCUGACACUUCAUGUUUCACAUUGUUCACUCAUAUAACCUGGUGUGAUGUAAACUAUAUGCAUAUCUCUUACUAUAUCUUCAUCUUUUACAGGUUAACUCAGUC